GCGAGCGGGCAAGACACACGCGGCUAAAAAGUGCAAAUAAUAGUACAAAAAUCAAACAGAGAGAGAGAGAGAGAGAGAGUGAAAUAGUAUAUUUGACUCAUCUGCGUGGGAUCGUGCUUGAGGGUAUUAACACUUGGUCUAGACUUUUUAUUAGCUUUAAUUAAAUACAAUAUAAUAUACAUUACUUCAAACAAGCCGCGUCGAAUUUAGCACCAACAUUGCUAAGACAUAACACCAAAGGCAAACUGUCAGAUACAUUUAUGAGUGCUAAUAACGUGUAAAGACUGCUAACUGGAAAAGUGUGAACAAUGAUAAAGAUGUGAAGCGAAGUGUCGCAGCUUAAGCGAAGGAAAACCAGGAAGUAUUGCACCAACUUGCCCCAGUUUGAAUUUAUCACCCUCAGUAUAAAAGUAUCAAAGCCAAACAAUGAAUGCCAGCGAGGACUACAUAUCGAUGGAUCCUUCGGAGGAGAUAUCGCAGGUCUUGGAUCAACACCAAAAUGACACAAAUAGCCUUCGGACACACCCCACUGUAGAGGAGUAUUAUGAAAACAUGACUGCCUUCCUCAGCCUGGCUAUCUUCAUUGCCAGUCUGCUGACCAUCCUCAACAUCUGCAUCUUCGCCACGACGGUCUCACGGCUGCGUCGUCACCUGAACAAGCCGCUUCUGAGGCCCUCGAUUAUAAUGGUCGGUCUGUAUCCGAUUAUCUCGGUGGCUGCCCUGGUUACCAUUCUGGUGCCCUACUCCUGGUUCAUCUGCCACACGGUGAUGCACGUAAUGUUUAUGGUCGGUGGACCUGUAUUUCGUACUCUGCUCUUCCGUUACGUAAACUCGGAGCAGAAUUUCGUGAAGGAGACGGGCGGGGAGGCCGUGCAACUUAAUACUCCUCCAUGUUGCUGUUGUUGCCUCUGCUUGCCAAUGGUGAUUCCCACUAAGGCGAAGCUCUGCAUCUCCAGAUAUAUGGUCUGGCAAAUGCCCUUCUGGCAGGGAUCUAUCAUGCUAGUGAUGAACAUCCUGUACUACAGGGACAUUCAACUUUACCAUCAGGUCAUGUACUUCUUUAUACCCUUCAUCGUCUGCUCUAUUGUGUUGGGUGCUUGGUCCCUUCAAAUCACUGUGCGGAUGAUCACAAAGGUUCGUGGGGACUAUCAGCUCAGGAAAAAGAUGUUCUGCCUCCAAUUGGUGGUUAUGCUAUGCAAGCUGCAGUAUCUUGUUCUCUACGACCAACUCGAUGCCAUCAAAAUGGGCGGGGAGUAUCCCAUCAAUCAUACCAUCUACAAGCAAACCAUCAUCAACAUCCUGAUCCUGGUGGAAAUGGUUCUGGUGUCCAUGAUGGUCCAGAGUGCAUAUCGUACGCCCAUUCAAGUUCAAAUCGACGAGGUCAAUAAGGAAAAGGAAGUGACUCGCAUUUGAGGAAAUUUGCGGAUCCUGGAGCUUUAGUAGACAGUAGAAAAAUGUUGUGAUAAAUUUAAUAAAGAAAUUGUAGUUAAA